AUGCCGCAGGGGGUUGCGGGGAAUGCAGAUGUUAUACCAGACACAGCUGGAGAAGUGAAGGCAUGGCAGCAAUGGAAGCUCAGAACGGUCUUUCCUCCCUCCAAUAGUGUGACCGCUGGCCUGGCCUACACAGAAGGAUGUUCCCUGCGGGUUCGCUUCUUAAAUGGAGCAGCAAGCGGCAGCGGGACUGAGAUUGUGACUGUGGAGAGCCCACUCAAGAGCUCCACCACACUCACCAGCCAGAACCUUCAGUGUGGCUCAUACACACAGUGCUCGUCCAGCUCACCGUCCAGCUCAUCACUGAGCGCCGGGGGGACUCUGUCCUCAGACACAGUCGUGUCUGCCUCAUCGGUGAACCGCUACCACAGCAGCCCUCCAGCUUCCUCCAGCUGCACGCUGCAGAGCUGCCCCAACGCAUGCGCGGCCCACGGCGGCACUUGGUCGGCCGUUGCCUCCACAUGCACCGUCUCUACGGGACUUUUGAGGCUCUGCGCCAGGGCGUCACCUGUGAGUGCUGCCAAACCGAGCAUCCACAGAGGAAACACCACUGCGCCGCAGCCAGCAACCGGCCAAGGGUGCUUUGUGAGCGGAGGCCAGUUUCAGCCAAACCAGCAAGCCAGCUUGGGGGGCGCCACCAAUGGCAGCCAGUGGAAUGUUGAGGUCAUGCUGAGAUCAGCUCAGGAUCCUUACCUGAAGUACCUGAUGCUGACGGGCGGCGGCGGCUUUGGGAUCCCGGCCGCGUACACGCGGGUCACCGGUAUCAUAAUGUUAGUCAUCGGAUGCGUGCUGACCGUGUCUGUAGCGGCCACGUGUUGCUGCUGCUGCUUGCUUGUGCGCCGUGCCAACAAGCACAACAACGGGCAGCCGCAGGGGUACAUGCAAAACCUGUUGUACAGCGCUUCACAGAGGACGCACCUCGCCUCUUGGCAGCACAAGCGCGUGAUAAUAAUAUUGUUGUAA